CUCCGCCCGGCGCCGCUGCUCGGAAGGAAGCCGCGGAAGGCUGAGGGGCGGCGGGGCGGAGGCUCCGGAGGACACCGAGUGGAACCGACCCGCUGCAACUCAGCGUCCCUCCCGGCGCCCGCUUGGGCGGACGGCCGCCUCCGAGCAUCGCGCCGGGGCGCGGGCAUGGCAGAACCCACCUUGCGGCUUCUCUGCAGUGUGGCUCGCCCGAUCCACUCCCGGGAAUGAAGAGGAGACUCGCCACCACCCCGGUCAGGCACGGAGAGCCAAAUGGCGAGGAGAUCUAACCGGACAGAAACGAGCGAUCGCUUGGGAGGAGGUCACCCGGGCUUCUUCUGGAUGUAAUCGGAGAGCGUGAAAGAGGUGGCCUCGUGGAAAAGAAAAAGCACAACAAUCCUUUGAGGGGGAGGGAAAUUGAGUUUAUUUAUUUAUUUUUUUUUUGGUCGAGGUUUUGAGAAACGUUUCGAUGUGUUGUACGUUUGAUAAAAGAUGAGAACUUUAUAAAGUAUUCCGUCCGAGAGCCUAAAGGAUGACUGCCCCCGCGCUGCUGCCCCUGUCUGGUCGUAGGAUUCCACCUCUGAACCUGGGGCCGCCCUCCUUCCCGCACCACAGGGCUACCUUGAGACUCUCCGAGAAGUUUAUCCUUCUCCUCAUCCUCAGUGCCUUCAUCACCCUGUGUUUUGGGGCAUUCUUCUUCCUUCCAGACUCUUCGAAACACAAACGCUUUGAUCUGGGCUUAGAAGACGUGUUAAUUCCUCACGUAGAUGCCGGCAAAGGGGCCAAAAACCCCGGAGUCUUCCUGAUCCAUGGACCCGACGAGCACAGACACAGGGAAGAAGAAGAGCGUCUGAGAAAUAAGAUUCGAGCUGAUCAUGAGAAGGCCCUGGAAGAAGCAAAAGAAAAAUUAAGAAAGUCAAGAGAGGAAAUACGUGCAGAAAUUCAGACAGAGAAAAAUAAAGUAGCCCAAGCAAUGAAGACAAAAGAGACCAGAAUUCUGCCACCUGUCCCUGUCCCACAGCGUGUAGGGGUCAGUGGUGGAGACCCAGAAGACACAGAGAUCAGGAAGAAAAGAGAAAAGAUUAAAGAGAUGAUGAAGCAUGCCUGGGACAAUUACAGAACGUAUGGCUGGGGACACAAUGAGCUCAGACCUAUUGCAAGGAAAGGGCACUCCACAAACAUAUUUGGAAGCUCACAGAUGGGUGCCACCAUAGUGGAUGCUUUGGAUACCCUUUUUAUCAUGGGCCUUCAUAAUGAAUUCAUGGAUGGACAAAAAUGGAUUGAAGACAACCUUGAUUUCAGCGUGAAUUCCGAGGUGUCUGUGUUUGAAGUUAACAUUCGAUUUAUUGGAGGCCUCCUCGCAGCUUAUUACCUGUCGGGAGAGGAGAUAUUCAAGACAAAAGCAGUACAGUUGGCUGAGAAACUCCUUCCUGCCUUUAACACACCUACUGGGAUUCCCUGGGCAAUGGUAAAUCUGAAAAGUGGAGUAGGUCGGAACUGGGGCUGGGCGUCUGCAGGCAGCAGCAUUCUGGCUGAAUUUGGCACACUGCACAUGGAGUUUGUCCACCUCAGCUACUUGACAGGUGACCUGACUUACUACAAAAAGGUCAUGCACAUUCGGAAACUACUCCAGAAAAUGGAACGCCCAAAUGGUCUUUAUCCUAAUUAUUUAAACCCAAGAACAGGGCGCUGGGGUCAGUAUCACACAUCAGUUGGUGGACUGGGAGAUAGUUUUUAUGAGUACUUACUGAAAGCAUGGCUGAUGUCAGAUAAAACAGACCAUGAAGCGAGAAGGAUGUACGACGACGCUGUGGAGGCUAUAGAAAAGCAUCUUAUUAAGAAGUCCCGAGGAGGCCUUGUCUUUAUUGGGGAAUGGAAGAAUGGACACUUGGAAAGGAAGAUGGGUCAUUUGGCCUGCUUUGCUGGAGGAAUGUUUGCACUUGGAGCAGAUGGUUCCAGAAAGGAUAAAGCUGGUCACUAUUUAGAACUAGGGGCAGAGAUUGCACGAACAUGUCAUGAGUCAUAUGACAGAACUGCAUUAAAACUAGGUCCUGAGUCAUUCAAGUUUGAUGGUGCAGUGGAAGCCGUGGCUGUGCGGCAAGCUGAAAAGUAUUACAUCCUUCGUCCAGAAGUAAUUGAAACCUAUUGGUAUCUAUGGAGAUUCACGCACGACCCAAUAUACAGGCAGUGGGGCUGGGAAGCAGCACUGGCUAUUGAGAAGUAUUGCCGAGUCAGUGGUGGGUUUUCCGGAGUGAAGGACGUGUACUCUCCCACGCCUACACACGAUGACGUGCAGCAGAGCUUCUUUCUCGCUGAGACAUUAAAAUACUUGUACCUGCUGUUCUCUGGCGAUGACCUUCUACCUUUAGACCACUGGGUGUUUAACACAGAGGCCCACCCUCUGCCGGUGUUACAUUUAGCCAACACCACUCUUUCAGGUAACCCUGCUGUUCGAUGAACACAGCUCCAGAAGGACCAUUCUUCCCUGUGUUAUGUUUACAUGGACCACUACAGAAACUGUCUGGAGAGGUGGCUUUUCAAACCUGGACCUCUACAUCAAUAUGCCGGGUGAAACUUCCCUGCAAGACUUUUCACUUGUAGAUAUAUCAACUUUGAAAUUAUUCCAUUUUCUACCUGACCAAAACAUGUUCUGGUACAUGUAGGGCAGAGACCUGAUGUGCUUUGGUUCUUAAUGAGAUGGCCACAUGAGAAACAAUGUCUUAAUCUGUAUUGUUAGUACCAGCCAAGAACACAGAGCACCUUACAGCAUUUAGAGUUGGCUUUCGGAACCAAUUAUACAUUUGUUUCCUCCCACAGUGGAGCAGCUUUCAAAUCAAAUAUUACACAUUGCUUAGCCCCUUUACUCCAUUUUAAUAAUGGAACAAACAAAUGAACAAGAACAGAGGAACAGUGUAACUACCUUGGUAACAAGAAGACUUUUCAAGCUCCUCAUUGGAUUUUUACCAGGCUGGCAACCAUUUCAUUCCCAACCUAGUUCAUUGAAAUCUAUUCAGAUUUAGUUUUUCUCUGGGGGGCAUGAUCUCAUGAAGAAUACUUUUCAAGUCUUUGUCUCCAUAUGGUAUGCUGAACUGGUAUUUAUCAUAACUGCUGCUUAUGAGCCCGAGUGUGGGAGUGUGCAUGUAGCUCACGCUAGUGUUGGUAGCAUGAUGGAAGGUGGGGAAAGUGCCAGUUUGUUGCCUUGAAACCUGUUUCAGAGAAAUCCUUGAUUUUUUUGGUAGGAAAUUAUUCUUCUGAACCAGCAACUCUAUCAAGCAAAAAUUAUGUGCUUUAAUCUCAUAACACAGUUAAUAGAGUCACCUUACAACUUCAUGUGGCUUAGCAAAACUCACUAUAUUGUUAUGCAGCUCUGUAUUUACUAGAACAAGCUGA